UGGGCGGCAACUUUCCUCACUGCGGUUUCUACCCGUGUGUGCACCGCAGCUCCGUCCGUGGGACCUGGCUUCUGCGUGUCGAACUUGUGUUGGUGGGUUCGCGGGCGUGUGGGUCAACGGUUCCGUCCCUGCCCUCUCCUACUCGCCCCCCGUUCCCGGCUCAGUCCCAUGCCGCCUCACUUCUUCUCCCUCUCCUUCGCCGUCGCCGAGGUGAAACCGUCGCCUGCUCCCGCUCGUCUGCCCGCUCCGUGCCGUCACCUGCCCGGUCCGUCACAAGGGGUCAAUGGGGUUUCAGGUCAUGGGCGUCUAUGGUUAGGCUUGUUUGUCAUUGCUGCUGCUGCUGCGUUCCUCUCACGGUCUGAGGUUGUUGCCUCCGUGCUGCUGAAGUUCUUCCGCUCGUGCAGGUCUCGGUGCUGCUGUGUUCCGCUUCCCGCGCCACCCAAGAUGGCGUUCAACCUGCUUUCUGAGAUCCAUAGUGAUAGCAACCAGUGGACAAUCCGUGUUCUUGUUUCUCGCAUGUGGCAUUAUCGUGGAGGGACUGAUGUAGGUGCUAUUCAGCACACUGAUCUGGUUCUGCUUGACAUAGAGGGAAACCAUAUGUACGGCCAGCUCCCUCCAGCCACGUCAGAACGGCUAAAGGAUGUGCUGGAGGAAGGAAAGGUCUUUGUUAUAAGGAAAUUCAUGUGUGCUCAGUCAAAGACGGCCUUCAGGCCCGUCGAGAGCCCAUUUAUGGUUCAGUUCACAAGGUAUACCACAGUUGAAGAGGUGCCGGGCUUGGCAGAUACCUACCCAUUCUGCACAUACACCCUAACUGCGUUUUCGGAUAUCCCAGAUCCAAUUGGCCGUCCUGCGCGCUUCAUUGAUGUCAUUGGAAAGAUCGACAUGGUUUCUGACAUAGUCCCUAUUCAGUCCAUGUACCAAACAACUGCUUCUAACACCAGGACUAUUAUAUUGAAGGACAUCAUGGGCAAGGAGCUUAGGCUUGUUCUCUGGGGUGAUCGUGCGCUCAAGUUUGAUGCGGAAGCAGUUCGUGCCAUGGGUGAGAAAGAGCCUGUCAUUGCUAUCUUUGUGGGAACACUAUCAAAGACUUCUCAUGGUGUUAAAAGCUUAAGCGGUGGUUCUGCCUGUCGCUGGUACAUUGAUGAGGACAUACCUGAUAUUAAUAUGUUCCGUGAAAGGCUUGGACCGCAGUUUGUUCCUUUGGCUGCCUAUGUUCCUAUAGGGCCAGGUGCCAUCAUACCUCGUGUGUUCGAGGCUCCUAUUGAGAAGACCACAGAAGCGCUAAACGAUGCUGAUCCUUUCGUUGAUAUGGAGAAAAAAUUCAUCUGCACUGUCACUGUUGAUAGGCUUGGUCCUGACCAGCGUUGGUGGUUUGCUUCGUGUUCCGUCUGCCGUAAAUCUGCUAGGCAUGACGGAUAUCAGUUCCAGUGCUCUGGCAAAGACUGCACUUCUGUUGAUGCUGGCUUAGCGUACUGUAUAUCUUUCUUUGCGGCUGAUGCCACAGGUGAAACUGAGUUUGUGAUGUUUGAGAAGGUUGCGGCAGGAGCGGUUGGCAAGCAGCUACUACCCUUGAUGCGGCAGAGAUACCCAGGCCAUACCACAGUUGGUCAGCUAGCACAGGUUGCUAAGCGCGAUACCACUAUUCCGUUGGAGAUUGAACGUCUUGUUGGACAGAAGUACAGGCUUUUGGUUUCCAUAUCCAAAAGGUGGAACUCAGGCAAUAGUGAGAACUUACGUUUCCAGGUCUGCAGGAUUGAAGAGACUUAUAAGCCUCAGUUACCGCCACUUUCUCUCUCAGAAUCUCAUGGGGAUCAGUCAUCCUCCAGUGGUUCAGGCCCUAGGAUCCCGCCUCUAGGCGCAAAUUUUAGUCAGAUCACUCGUGGUGCAAAUGCAACACCCCCUCCGCGUGGGCCAGUGACUCUGGCUAAAGGGGCGUCCACUCCUAAGCGUGGCGCUAGGCGCUCUUUGUUUCCAAGCCCUUCUAAAGAUAGGUCGCAGGUUGAUAAGGAUAGUGCCCUUGCUGCCGAUGGUGUCCUUGCACCUGGCGAAGAGACGGCAACUGAGUCCCUGGUGCAGACUGCUUCUGACGAUGCCAUCGCUGUUGGUGGAGACAAAGAUGACCAAACAGUGGUUCCUAAGCCUAAAAGGAACACCAACUCCACCAAGUCAGGUGGGUUGGCCAAGAAACCGAAGCUGUAGCCAGUAGUCUGCUGUGCUUGCGGGCAUCGCCUGUAUAUAAGGUCCUCGUUUGUAUGGCUCUUGCUUCGUGCUUUGGUUCCUGCUAUAAGCUAUGCUCGCAUGAACCGCACGAAAAGCCUAUCAGUGUCUUAGUGUUGCUCACUGCCAAGGCAGCUUCACUGCCGAGCCAUCACCUUGCCACGCAGCGCUGUUCCCUUUGGGUUCUGUGGUUGCGGCCAAGCUAAUGUGAUGCUUUUGUUACACCGCCUCCAUGCUGCUGCUGGGUGUGCCUCGUUUGCUGCAGCGUGUUCCUUGUGUGGUGACUAUGUAACUGGCUAUGUAGUUUGUGUUGCGUGUAAGAGGACGCUACUCUAAAGCACGCUUUGUAGGUACACCCUCUGCUAGCAGGGGAGGAGCCCUACAGUCCCAUGUGCCCAUCUCACGGGCUAAGCUUAGACUAAACUUAUGUGCUUCUAUGUAUUGUACAGACUGUUGACUGAAACUCUGUUCCAUAUGGUGCUAUGUGUGUCGUCAGUUAUUGUUCAAGACCUAUCUGUGUUG